AAUAGCCAACUAAACCCUUAAAACCCUCAAUUCAUGACCACGACGGCCUGAAAUUCUAGACCACCAUGUUCUCCCCUUCUCCCGUUUCGUGCUCCUAUCUCCCAUUUCCGGCCAUCCACCACGAACCAGCAAAGACUGAACAAUUUUCCCCGCGAAAGUUUGGCCGGGAUUAUGCAGAUUCCGGCCAAAAUGGCACUGGUCCAUCAUUGCUAGCCAUGAGACGUUCGGGUUUUCUCUCUGCUGUAAACUCUGCAAUAGAAGAGGAAGAGUACAGGAAAGCUAGGGCAGAGGUUAAUAGGAAGGGAGUGGAGGUUGAGAAUGUUCUGAUAGAAGGAGUUUCAGUUGGUGGCCAUGAAACCUGUGUAGUGGUUCCUAGCAUGAAUGUGGCUUUUGAUAUUGGAAGGUGCCCUGCUAAAGCUGUGCACCAAGAUUUUCUCUUUAUCACUCAUGCUCACCUUGAUCACAUUGGUGGGCUUCCGAUGUAUGUUGCAACUCGUGGUCUUUACGGCUUAAAACCACCUACAGUCGUUGUACCUCCAUGUAUUAAGGAAGACGUAGAGAAGCUUUUUGAGAUUCAUAGGAUUAUGAGUCGGGACCAACUCAAACUUGAUUUGGUUGCAUUAGAUGUGGGCGAAACGUACGAAAUAAGAAAUGAUCUUGUUGUAAGGCCAUUCAGAACAUAUCAUGUCAUACCCAGCCAGGGGUAUGUUGUCUACUCAGUGAGGAAUAAGCUAAAGAAGCAAUAUCUUCACUUGAAAGGGCAUCAGAUCAAGAAUUUGAAAUUUUCUGGCGUCGAGAUCACAGAUACCAUACUGUCUCCAGAGGUGGCUUUCACAGGUGAUACAAUGUCUGAUUUUAUACUUGAGCCACGCAAUUCAGAUGCCCUUAGAUCAAAGAUUCUCAUAACUGAGGAGUUGCGGACCGGGAAGCUGUUUGAACAACAAACGAGAGCUUCCCAAUUACGCCUGCGCCAUCACCACUGGAAACAGGCCACUUUUCUUGAUGAGGUGAUGAGCGUUGAGCAUGCUCGAGAACAUGGCCAUACCCAUUUGUUUGAACUCAUAGAACAGGCGAAAUGGUUUAGGAAUAAGGCGAUUGUGCUCACACAUUUCUCGUCUCGCUACAAAUUAGAGGACAUCCGUGAAGCUGCAUCGAAGCUGCAAAGUAAGGCUUCUGCGAAGGUGGUUGCUCUUACAGAAGGCUUCAAAUCAAUGUAUACCUAAUUUUGUCCACUAUUAGCUUCUCAAUUUUCCUAUGUAAAAUAUCAAUUGUUAUAUAUAUGUAACCCAAUUUUUAAGAGAGAAUGAAAAUGUAAGAUGGAAUUUGAGAUGAAUGCAUCGCCUCGAAUUUUCAAGA